AGAAAGGAAGGUCACUCUUGCCGCUCUCGACCUUCUUUUCAUUUUUUUUUCAAUCAAUAUUUUCUUUCAGUUCUCAAGCUUUCUUGUUAGUGAGUAAGCAUGUCUCAUCGCAAGUUCGAGCAUCCGAGGCAUGGUUCAUUGGGGUUUCUCCCGAGGAAAAGAGCCUCCCGACACCGAGGGAAAGUGAAGGCUUUCCCUAAAGAUGAUCCUACUAAGCCAUGCAGAUUAACUGCGUUCUUGGGUUAUAAAGCUGGAAUGACCCAUAUUGUGAGGGAAGUUGAAAAGCCUGGAUCAAAGCUUCACAAGAAGGAAACUUGCGAAGCAGUCACCAUUAUCGAGACACCACCUAUGGUUGUGGUUGGAGUAGUUGGAUAUGUCAAAACACCGCGUGGUCUUCGUACUUUAGGCACUGUCUGGGCUCAGCAUUUGAGUGAGGAGGUGAAGCGAAGGUUCUAUAAGCACUGGUGCAAGUCAAAGAAGAAAGCUUUCACCAAGUAUUCCAAGAAGUUUGAAUCCGAAGAUGGUAAAAAAGAUAUCCAGUCACAGCUUGAAAAACUGAAGAAAUAUUGCACUGUGAUUCGUGUUUUGGCUCACACUCAGAUAAGGAAAAUGAAGGGUUUGAAGCAAAAGAAGGCUCAUUUGAUGGAGAUUCAAGUCAAUGGUGGAACAAUUGCUCAGAAAGUUGACUUUGCUUACGGUUUCUUUGAGAAACAAAUUCCAAUUGAUGCCGUGUUCCAGAAAGAUGAGAUGAUUGAUAUUAUCGGAGUUACCAAAGGUAAAGGGUAUGAGGGUGUUGUAACCAGAUGGGGUGUCACUCGUCUCCCACGAAAGACUCAUCGUGGUCUUCGUAAGGUUGCUUGUAUUGGUGCAUGGCAUCCGGCUAGGGUUUCGUUUACCGUUGCCCGAGCUGGUCAAAAUGGUUACCAUCACCGCACUGAGAUGAACAAGAAGAUCUACAAGCUUGGGAAGGCAGGCAAUGAAUCACAUGCUGCCAUGACUGACUAUGACAGGACUGAGAAGGAUAUUACACCAAUUGGUGGAUUCCCCCAUUAUGGAGUGGUGAAAGAAGAUUAUUUGAUGAUUAAAGGGGGUUGUGUUGGACCGAAGAAACGUGUUGUGACAUUAAGGCAAUCACUGUUGAAUCAAACAUCAAGGGUUGCACUUGAAGAGAUCAAGCUCAAGUUCAUUGAUACUUCAUCUAAGUUCGGUCAUGGUCGUUUCCAGACAACACAAGAAAAGGCCAAGUUCUAUGGGAAGCUUAAAGCUUGACCGCAUAGGGAUGGUUUUUUAUGGAGGGAUUGUUUGUUCCAUUUUCUGAUUGCCCACAACUUUGAAUUUUGUUUUUCGUUUAAACCAUGAUGAGUUUUGGACAAUUAUCUUUUAUUAUAUCAAUUAAUGUGUUUUUAUGGCCA